UUACUCCAUUAAAAGACGACAAAUUCUAACAAAAAGAUUACUCCCUCAUCCAAGAAAAUAGUUUUCGUGUUCUUUUUGUCAUUGUGAUGGAGAAGAGGGAACUAGAAAGAGAGUUUCACAUGACAGGCUAUGCCAGAAACUCUUCCGUCCAGAAAAAAUCCUCUGAUAAUGCAAAGCACAUAACACUAGAGACAGUGCAACAACUCUACAAAGAGACAAGACCCAAGAGUUUAGGAAUAGCUGACCUAGGAUGUUCUUCAGGACCAAACACUCUUUCCACCAUUAGAGACAUAAUCAAAACCGUGGAAAUUGCUCACCACCGUGAGUUACCAAACCAGCCCUUGCCGGAAUUCAGCAUCUUCCUUAAUGAUCUCCCUCAAAAUGACUUCAACUCUAUAUUCAAGACCUUGCCUGACUUUCACAUGGAGCUCAAGAGAGGUACCAAGAAUGAUGUUUGCCCUGCAAUUUUCAUUGCAGCUUGUCCUGGAUCAUUCUAUGGAAGGCUCUUCCCUGAGAAAACCAUCCACUUCAUCUAUUCCUCUUUCAGCUUACACUGGCUUUCCAAGGUUCCUCCAGGUUUGUUUGACCAUCAAGGCAAGUCCAUAAACAAAGGUUGUAUUAACAUCUGCUCCUCGAGCCCUGAAGCUGUUUCCAAAGCUUACUACAGCCAGUUCAAGGAAGACUUCUCCAUGUUUCUCCGGUCUCGAUCAAAAGAGGUGGUUGCUGCAGGCAGAAUGGUGCUCAUAAUACUCGAAAGAGAAGGUCCUGAUCAUGUUGAUAGAGGAAUGUCUUUCACCUGGGAAAUUCUGGCAAGAGCCAUAGCAGAUCUUGUCGCACAGGGAGAAACUGAGGAGGAGAAGCUCGAUUCUUACGAGACGCAGUUUUACGCUGCGAGUGCUGCUGAGAUAGAAGGUGAAGUGAACAAUGAAGGGUCUUUCGAAUUAGAAAAGUUAGAGAUAAUGGAAGUGGAAAAGAAAGACAACGAGGAUGGCAUGAGUUCCAGUGAGCUGGCUGCAAAGACGAUAAGAGCGGUCCAAGAGUCAAUGCUUGCUCCACACUUCGGAGAAGAGAUUUUGAACAAGCUGUUUGAUACUUAUGGUAGAAUGUUUGACGAGGAGUUGGCUAAGGAAGACAUAAGACCCAUCACAUUUGUUGUUGUCUUGAGAAGGAAACAAUGAAAUAAAACAUAUAUAGAUAUGUGUAGCAAAUAUUAAAUAUAUGAUUAUAAAACUAG